UUACGGGUGCUAAAUAAACUCCCUAAAAGGCAAAAACAGGCCAGGGCAAUCGUAUGCUUGCAAGUCAUAACAAUCUUUAUUGGUUGGAGAUUUGCGCCUGGAUGAAAUAAAAUAUCCUUUUCUGCGUUUAGAACCGGGCGGCGACGAUGGCCUGUAGGGAGUAAAGAAUCCAGCAUGCCAGCCACCUGCCCCGUAACUUCUUCCUGUUCCUCUUCGUCAUCGUCAUCAUCCUACUUCCGACGAAGCAACCAAGGACGAGAGGCGGGGGCGGAGGGCCGCCGCCGCAGCCCAAUCCGCUAAGGGGUGGAGGGAACAGCCGGCGCAAAGGUCAGUCGUCUCGUCGCGUCGCGGGAAGGAUUUGGAGGAUGACAGAAGCUGCAAUUGUAAGGUAUUGGUGCCAUGAAUGUGAGCAUGCCGUUGACUUUGAGGAGACCAUGGUCGAGGCCAUGGCUGAGGAGAUCAAGUGCCCAGCCUGCGAUGGUGGAUUCAUUGAAGAGAUGAAUGGCGAGGAAUUUGAGGGGUUGACCAGCCAACGGUCAGAGCGGGAUUUAUCACAAUGGGGAACGUCUGACAACCCUUUUGAGCAGCCAGGAGCGACAGCUGACAGUGAGGAUGAUGAAGAAGAAGAAGAUGAUGACGAUGAUAUGGGCCGUGAGUUUGAGGGUUUCAUCAGGAGGCAUCGACGGGCAUCAGCUCUUCGUCGGGUACUUGACAGCAUCCAAGAUGACCUCAGAGCUGACAGGGAAAGGGACAACUCUAUUCUGAUCAAUGCCUUCAACCAGGCCCUUGCUCUGCAAGGCUCAGUGCUCGAUCCUGAUGAGGUCCGGGAUGACCAAGGUGGCUCUAGCAAUGAUGAUGGUUUGCUGGAGGAGUAUGUGCUGGGGGCUGGGCUGAGCUUGCUGCUUCAGCAUUUGGCUGAGAGCGACCCAAAUCGGUAUGGUACCCCUCCUGCUAGGAAAGAGGUGGUUGAGGCUUUGCCCACUGUUAAAAUCGAAGAGGUUGUCAGCUGUUCAGUCUGCCUUGAUGAUCUUGAGCUGGGUUCCCAGGCAAAGCAGAUGCCUUGUGAGCAUAAGUUCCACUCUCCAUGUAUCAUGCCAUGGCUUGAACUCCAUAGUUCAUGCCCUGUAUGCCGGUUUGAGCUACCAUCUGAAGAGACAAAAGACUUGAACGAGCUUAGCAAUGUCGUUAGAAUGGAGAGCAUCCAUGAAGAAAUCAGAGCUGAUGGCCCUGGGAAUGACAGUGAGAGCAGUAACAGAGCUUGGGCCCUAGUUCCUUGGUUCAAUGGGCUAUUCUCGGCACCUGAACCACAAACUGCCAGAGGCGCUUUGACUGAUCAACAGCCACCUUCAGCUACUGGAACCAACCCGAAUGCUGGGGAAAGUUGAUUUCAUCUUCCUUUGUGAAUAAUGCUCAUACAUCUGAGGAUAGCAAUGAACCAUGUUGGUAGAACACUUCUUUUUCUCUAGUGAUAAUCCUUCUUGGAUGAAUCACAAGGUACAAAGUUUGUGGCUGCUCCGUUUUGCCAUGUGUUUAGCGAUCAUUUAACCUUUCUUGAGUUCAUUGCUGCUAAGUCAAUCUGCAUCCUGUGCAAUGCAAUCGUUUGCUUUCAUGUCCA